UUUUUUUUUUUAGCUCCGCUGCGACAAGCAUAGCUACAAACUUUACAGUAACCACGUUUGAAUUGUUGCAGCGGUGUUUUGGUGUUUGUCUCUGCGUCCAGUAUUGUGUGUUUGUGUUUGUUUUUUUUAGUAUUUUAACAAAGGAACAAAAAAAAAAACAUUUCAGCUCCCUUCGUGGUAUUUAAACCCGCUUGCGUGUGUCCUGGAUGCGUCAACGACUCAGUGACCGCAUGGAAACACGGAGCUCAGCUUUCCAUCUGCUCCGGGUUUGGUGCUAGUCCCUUGUUUUCGGUGGUCCCGGUCGACAACUAGCUAGCGCCGAGCAGUGUGGUGCUGCCUACAGGCGGACCAUGUGCUCUGGUGUUGUUUUAGCUUCAUAACAGUGUGGCGUUGUGUAAUUCUUUGUCUUGUUAUUAGUUAAAGAUGUGCGCUGGAAGUGGAAACCAACAGAGUGCUUGAUUUUUUUUUAGCCAAGGUGCUGUUUAGGGAAUAACAACGACGGUUUUUUGUUUUUUCUUCCACUUUUCUUUUGGGGGACACCUUACCAAUAACAUUGCUUGUGAAGCAACAUGCCUAUUAGGCGUUUUGGGGGUCACAGGUCUCUGGUGUCUCACUCUCAAACUCCCAAACUGUCGUACGGUUACACCAAAAUGAAUAUUUCAAGAAGUGGCUACCGGGUGUUUUCUGCCAACUCCACCACCGCCUGCACCGAGCUAGCCAAGAAGAUAACAGAACGUUUGGGUGUGGAGUUGGGCAAGUCAGUGGUUUAUCAGGAAUCAAAUUCAGAGACCAGAGUGGACGUAAAGGAAUCUGUCCGUGGACAAGACAUCUUCAUCAUUCAGACCAUUCCCAGGGACGUCAACACGGCCAUCAUGGAGCUGCUGGUUAUGGCUUAUGCCCUGAAGACGUCCUGCGCCAACAACAUCAUCGGCGUCAUUCCCUACUUUCCUUACAGCAAGCAGUGCAAGAUGAGGAAGAGAGGAUCCAUUGUCUGCAAGCUGCUGGCAUCCAUGUUGGCUAAAGCUGGACUAACUCACAUCAUCACGAUGGACCUUCACCAGAAAGAAAUCCAAGGCUUCUUCAGCUUCCCUGUUGAUAACCUGAGAGCUUCCCCCUUCCUCAUCCAGUACAUCCAAGAGGAGAUCCCGGAUUACAGGAACGCUAUAAUCGUUGCAAAGUCUCCUUCAGCUGCCAAGAGAGCUCAGUCCUACGCUGAGAGGCUGCGGCUCGGCCUGGCAGUGAUGCACGGGGAGGCCAACCAUUCCGAGUCGGACAUGGCCGACGGUCGACAUUCCCCCCCGUUGUCCCGCACCACCACAGGACACACUGGCCUGGAGCUGCCAUCAAGCAGCAGACAUGUCCCAUUCCCUGGGAUAGAGCUCCCAAUGAUGAUGGCGAAGGAGAAGCCACCCAUCACUGUUGUUGGAGACGUCGGAGGCAGAAUCGCCAUCAUCGUCGAUGACAUCAUAGACGAUGUGGAGGACUAUGUUGCAGCGGCGGAAAUCCUGAAAGAGAGGGGAGCCUACAAGAUCUACAUCAUGGCCACGCAUGGCUUGCUGUCUGCAGAGGCACCGAGGCUAAUAGAGGAGUCUGCUAUCGAUGAGGUGGUGGUGACCAACACCGUUCCUCACGAGGUGCAGAAGCUGCAGUGUCCAAAAAUCAAAACUGUGGACGUGAGCAUGAUCCUGGCCGAGGCGAUCCGGCGCAUCCACAACGGAGAGUCCAUGGCUUAUCUGUUCCGCAACAUCGCUGUGGAUGACUGAGGCAACACACACUUACAUUUAUAUUCCAGCUUACAAAAAAGCAAAACGUUACCAAGCACAUACACCGAGGACCAAGUAUCCAGAUUACUGCAGCUGGUUUUUGUCUUGUUGAUAAACCUGUUAGUGGCUGGAUUACACAUGAAGCAACUUUUUUUUUCUCUUAUCUGUCGUACAGAGGCUGUACUCACACACACACACACAGGUUUCACUUCACUAAUAUAUGCUUGCUCCUGCCUGACAACAUAAAUGGCACCAGUCAUGUAUCAUAUGCAUCUUUGCAGCACGCUGCAGAAUUUGACUAAUAAAGCUGUUCUUCUUGAGUAUA